CUCCUGCCGAAGUGGAUUCGCGAUUGCUGCAGGUUCGGCUGGAGCGAGCUUUUGCUCAGAGACUAGUCUCUAGUCGCUAUCGUCUGUAGAGAAAUAUGAGACGCGGGCUUUAAAAUGUCGGAAGCUGCGGGGAAUAGUGCAUUCGAGAACGAGUCAUAGCGUGGAAGCCGUCCCUUCAGCGGCUUGAAUAAAUUCCUUCUACCGCCUUGAAUUCUUCCUUUUACUGGCUCGAGCCUUUUUUUCCACCGGCUCGAGCUCUUUCCUUUCACUGGCUUGAGGAACGUGGAACGAACCCAAUGGCCCCUCAGCUUGUGCUCAUGGUGGCAGAGAAGCCCAGCAUCGCUUCCACCAUCGCUCAAGUCAUGUCGCAUGGGCAGAUGUCGUCCCGUCGCUCGUGGUUGGACGUGCAUGAGUUUAACGGUGAAUUCCGAGGAGCUCCUGCCCGAUUCAGAGUGACAUCCGUUAUCGGCCAUGUGCUCAGCAUUGACUUCCCCCCCAGCUACCAAAGCUGGGACGCCACAGACCCUGCAUCGCUCUUCACUGCUCCCACGCUCAAGACAGAAUCCAAUCCUAAGGCACAUGUGUGCAAGCACCUACAAACGGAGGCGAAAGGAUGUGAUGCCCUCGUCUUGUGGCUGGACUGCGACAGAGAGGGGGAGAACAUCUGCUUUGAAGUGAUGGCGCACACGCAGCCAAGCAUGAGGAGCCCUCAAAACGUCUACCGAGCCAAGUUCUCAGCGAUCGGAGAAAAGGACAUCAAGCAAGCCAUGGCGAGGCUGGGGGUGCCCAAUGAGGCGGAGGCAAAGGCAGUGGACGCGAGGCAGGAGAUUGAUCUCAAGGUCGGGGUGGCGUUCACGAGGUUCCAGACGCGCUUUUUCCAAGGGAAAUACGGCAACCUGGACUCGUCCCUCAUCUCGUACGGCCCCUGCCAGACCCCCACGCUGGGCUUCUGCGUGGCCCGCCACCAGCGCAUCACAUCGUUUGUCUCGGAGCCCUUCUGGGCGGUGCGGCCAAUCGUAGUCCGGGACGGCCGCCAGCUGGCGCUGCAGUGGGCGAGAGGGAGGCUUUUUGACAAGGAGGUUGCGGAUUUCUUUCAGAGAGAGGUGGCAGCAGGGGGGGCUGCCACAGUAACGAGUGUGAGUGUGAAGGAGGAGAGGAAGGGGCGGCCCACAGGGCUGAACACGGUGGACAUGCUGAAAGCUGCCUCAUCGGGACUGGGCAUGGGCCCGCACCAUGCUAUGCAGAUUGCAGAGAGGCUGUACACCCAGGGAUACGUCAGCUACCCUCGAACUGAGUCAACAGCCUACCCCUCGUCCUUCGACUAUAAAGACGCCCUUUCGAUACAGUCACGCCAUGGCAUAUGGGGGGAGUACGUGCAGUCACUGCUAUUGAUUGGCCCCACGCAGCCCAGAGCGGGGAAGGACGAGGGGGACCACCCGCCCAUCACACCCAUGCGCGCUGCAGACGAGGGCGAGCUAGGGGGAGGGGACGCUUGGAGAUUGUAUGAGCUUAUAACGAGGCACUUUAUAGGGAGCUUCAGCCCUGAUUGCAGGAUUGCCAGGACACGUGUCACCUUCUCAGUGGCUGGAGAGCAGUUCUCAGCAUCGGGGCGAAAGCUGCUAUCCGCCGGGUUCACUGCCGUCAUGCCGUGGCUGGCCGUGGGGGAUGAGGGGCUUCCAAGCUUUGUUCAAGGGGAGAGCGUGGCACUGAGUGCAGUGGAGCUGUACGAGGGCCACACCUCCCCUCCGGACUACCUGACAGAGAGUGAAUUGAUUGGUCAGAUGGAGCGACACGGCAUUGGGACUGACGCGUCCAUUCCCGUUCACAUCAACAACAUCUGCGAGAGGAACUACGCGCAGGUGGCAGCCGGCCGAAGGAUCGUCCCCACCACGCUUGGCACCACCCUCGUGCGCGGGUACCAGCAGAUCGAUCCGGACCUUUGCUUGCCGGACAUCCGACGGUUCAUAGAGCAGCAGAUCACGCUGAUAGCGCAGGGCAAGGCGGAUCAUUCCCGAGUGGUGACCCUGGUGCUGCAGCAGUUCUUUGAAAAGUUCAAGUACUUCGUCAGCCAGAUUGCUCGCAUGGACUCCCUCUUUGAGGCGCACUUCUCCCCUCUAGCUGCCUCCGGCAAGCCCAUGGGGCGCUGUGGCAAAUGUGGCCGCUUCAUGCGCUUUGUGCCGAUGAAGCCCACCAGGCUGUUCUGCCCCACCUGUGAAGACAUUUUCAACCUGCCGCAGAACGGCGCCAUCAAGCUCUACAAGGAGCUGACCUGCCCGCUUGACAACUACGAGCUCGUUCUUUACUCUCUGCCCGGGCCUGAGGGAAAAACUUUUCCACUCUGCCCGUACUGCUACAACCAUCCUCCUUUCGAGGACCUGGGAAAGCCAACCACCAAACCUGCCGCCGAACCUGCUUCCGGGCCUGCCUCCCAAGCCUCGUCCAGAACAGGCUCGUCAGUCUUCAGUGGCAUGGCCUGCACGAGCUGCCGCCACGUGUCGUGCCGCCAUUCGCUGGUGAGCAUGGGCGUGUGCCCCUGCCCCGAGUGUGAAGGCACUUUGGUCCUAGACCCUGUAAGCGCCCCCAAGUGGCGGCUGGAUUGCAACCGCUGCAGCUGCGUUGUUUUCAUAAAAGCCAAUGUGCACCGGAUGUCAGUGGUUCCCAUGUUUCCGUUUGGCGCGUCCGGCUCUUUGCUAAAGGCCCAGCAGCAGCAGGGGCAGGGGCAGGGGCAGCAGGGGCAGCAGGGGCAGCAGGAGGGGCAGAAGGAAGGUGGCUGGUGCCCAGAGUGCGGAUCUGCCCGCAUAAUCGAGGUGGAUUUUCACAAGGAUGCCUCGCCGUUACCCGGCGGUGCUACAGUGCAUCGAGGGUGUGUGUUGUGCGAUGAGCUGUUACUUUCACUACUGGAGAUGAACCAUGGGAGGGUCUUCUAUGGGAGGAGAGGGAGGGGAAGGGGAAGAGGAAGGGGUCGAGGGGGUCGAGGGAGGGGCCGUGGGAGGGGGAGAGGCAAGGAUGAGGACGUUAGGCUAAGCUUCAGGGAUUUUUAGAAUUUGUGAUGUUUGUCGGUGCUUUUCAAAUUCUUGUACGAGAUGCCUCCACUACAAAAUGUUCUGAUGCUUGCCAACGAAUUUUAUUGUAGGG